AGCCCGCCCUUGGAGCGGAGCCCGGGCAGAUGCUGGCCCUGGUGGUGCGGCCUCAGCCGGGUCGUGGUGGUCGCGACCGUACCCCGAAGUGAAGGGAGUCGCCGCUGGAGAGGGGCUCGGCGCCCGGCGGGGACUGCAGUGACUGCAUCUGACUGUGCCGAGGGGCAGUGUACUGUACUGGUCAAGAGCCACACUCCCUGGGUUCAUAGCCUGGCUUUGCCACCUCCUAGAGUGUGACCUUAGGCGAUGACUCAGGAUGCAGCCAGGGGCCACGACGUGCACGGAGGACCGCAUCCAGCAUGCCCUGGAGCGCUGCUUGCAUGGGCUCAGCCUCAGCCGCUGCUCCACCUCCUGGUCAGCUGGGCUGUGUCUAAACUGCUGGAGCCUGCAGGAGCUGGUCAGCAGGGACCCGGGCCACUUCCUUAUCCUCCUCGAACAGAUCCUGCAGAAAACCCGAGAGGUGCAAGAGAAGGGCACCUAUGACCUCCUUGCGCCCCUGGCCCUGCUCUUCUACUCCACCGUCCUCUGUACACCACACUUCCCGCCAGACUCAGAUCUCCUUCUGAAAGCAGCCAGAACCUACCACCGGUUCCUGACCUGGCCUGUCCCUUACUGCAGCAUCUGCCAGGAGCUGCUCACCUUCAUCGACGCUGAACUCAAGGCCCCAGGAAUCUCCUACCAGAGACUGGUGAGGGCCGAGCAGGGCCUGCCCAUCAAGAAUCAGCGCUCCUCCACCGUCACCGUGCUCUUGCUGAACCCAGUGGAGGUGCAGGCCGAGUUCCUCGCCGUGGCCGACAAGCUGAGCACGCCUGGGCACACGCCCCACAGCGCCUACAUCACCCUGCUCCUGCAUGCCUUCCAGGCCACCUUUGGGGCCCACUGUGACCUCCCAGGCCUGCACUGCAGGCUGCAGUCCAAGACCCUGGCAGAGCUCGAGGACAUCUUCACGGAGACUGCAGAGGCCCAGGAGCUGGCAUCUGGCAUCGGGGAUGCAGCGGAGGCGCGGCAGUGGCUCAGGACCAAGCUGCAGGCGGUGGGAGAGAAAGCCGGCUUCCCUGGUGUCUUAGGCACUGCAAAACCUGGCAAGCUGCGCACCAUCCCCAUCCCUGUCGCCAGGUGCUACACCUACAGCUGGAACCAGGACAGCUUCGACAUCCUGCAGGAAAUCCUGCUCAAGGAACAGGAGCUGCUCCAGCCAGGAAUCCUGGGGGAUGAUGAGGAGGAGGAAGAGGAGGAGGAGGAGGAGGACUUGGAAACUGAUGGGCAUUGUGCCGAGAGGGACUCAGUGCUCUCCACCAGCUCGGCAGCUUCCCACGACUCCGCCCUGUCCUUUGCCUUGUCCCAGGCCUCAGGGCCCACGCUCUCCCGUCAGUUGCUGACCUCCUUUGUCUCUGGCCUCUCGGAUGGCAUGGACAGUGGCUACGUGGAGGACAGUGAGGAGAGCUCCUCUGAGUGGCCCAAGAAGCCUGGCAGCCAGGAGUGUCGGGGCCACCGCAGGCCUGGGCAGAAGUUCAACAGGAUCUAUAAACUCUUCAAGAGCACCAGCCAGCUGGUCCUGCGGAGGGACUCUCGGAGCCUGGAGGGCAGCUCGGAUACCCUGCCCCUGCGACGGGCUGGGAGCCUCUGCAGCCCCCUGGACAGCCUGACACUGCCCCCCACCCGGGCCCAGCGCUCCCGCUCCCUGCCCCAGCCCAAGCUCAGCACUCAGCUGCCCGGCUGGCUCCUGGCCCCUGCAUCACGCCAUCGGCGCCGCCGCCCCUUUCUGAGUGGGGAUGAGGACCCCAAGGCUUCCACGCUACGUGUCGUGGUCUUUGGCUCCGAUCGGAUUUCGGGGAAGGUGGCUCGGGCCUAUAGCAACCUGAGGCAACUGGAGAACAAUCGCCCACUCCUCACACGGUUCUUCAAGCUUCAGUUCUUCUACGUGCCCGUGAAGCGAAGCCAUGGGACCAGCUCCAGCACCUGCCCGUCCCCUCGGAGCCAGACACCCCCACUCCCCACAGACUCCCCAAGGCACCCCAGCCCUGCAGAGCUGGGCACGGCCCCAUGGGAGGAGAGCACCAAUGACAUCUCCCACUACCUCGGCAUGCUCGACCCCUGGUAUGAGCGCAAUGUGCUGGGCCUCAUGCACCUGCCCCCUGAAGUCCUCUGCCAGCAGUCUCUGAAGGCUGACUCGCGGCCCCUGGAGGGCUCCCCUGCCCAGCUGCCUAUCCUGGCAGACAUGCUGCUCUACUACUGCCGCUUUGCCGCCCGGCCGGUGCUGCUGCAGGUCUAUCAGACAGAGCUGACGUUCAUCACCGGGGAGAAGACGACAGAGAUCUUCAUCCACUCCCUGGAGCUGGGUCACUCUGCUGCCACACGCGCCAUCAAGGCUUCGGGUCCUGGCAGCAAGAGGCUGGGCAUCGAUGGUGACCGGGAGGCCAUCCCUCUAACACUACAGAUUAUUUACAGCAAGGGGGCCAUCAGUGGACGAAGUCGCUGGAGCAACAUGGAGAAGGUCUGUACCUCCGUCAACCUCCACAAGGCCUGCCGGAUGCCGGAGGAGCUAGACUCCAGCACGGAGGCGCUGACGCUCCGUCUGACCGAGGUGGUGAAGAGGCAGAACUCCAAGUCCAAGAAGGGCUUCAACCAGAUUAGCACAUCGCAGAUCAAAGUGGACAAGGUGCAGAUCAUUGGUUCCAACGCCUGCUCCUUUGCCGUGUGUCUGGACCAGGACGAGAGGAAGAUCCUGCAGAGUGUGGUCAGGCCUGCCCUUACUCCUGCCCUGCCCCACAGGUGUGAGGUCUCACCCUGCUACAAGCCAGAGAAGAGCAGCCUCUGCUCCCCACCCCAGAGGCCCCCCUACCUGCCGGCCCAGGCCACGCCCGACAUCUGCUCCCUCCUCUGUCUGCCCAUCAUGACUUUCAGUGGAGCUCUGCCCUAGCACCGGCCUGCACGGGAAGCCCCUCCCGGCAGGACAGUCGCUGUGAGGGCCGUGCUCCCUCUGGAGAACUGAAUGGCCCUGUGCUGGGUCGGGUCCUGCUGUGGGUGCUGCAAUGGGCAGGGGGUGGAUGGUUUCUGGGGCCUCAGGGCUCUGGGAAAGAAACAGGCAUUAGGGAGAGAGGGGCCUGCCUACACAGCCCCUCAGAUUCCUCACGUAGAAAGGAGAGGGAUGGGGAGCUCACCUCUGAAGGCCCUGGUCACUGGCGUGGUCUGGGAGCCUUUCUAGAAGAUCUGAGGCUCUGGUGCUCUGGAGUGUGGUGUAGGCCUCCUCUCCCAGCCUGGGCCAGGCCCACCCCUUACUUGGCCAGAGACGUGUGUGUGGAGUUCCGUCUCCCUCCUCUGGGGUUCAGGUGGUAGGAAUGUGGAUGAAACUCUUCUUUCUGACCUCAGUACCAUCCUCCCCACCUCUCUCUCGCUCUCUCCCACACACACACACACACACACACUCACACUCACACACACACACACACACUCUUUCUCUCCCUCGAAUCCCCUGGGUCUUUGGAGAAACAGCACUAACACUUUACCUGUCUACUGUCAGGACCUGGAACAGCUUCUCUCUGGAGCCCUUUUCUGGCUCGAGAUUUUUGGGAGACAGGACAGGCUUAGACUGAGUAGUGCCUCGGUUCCCUUCCAGCCAAAGGACCAGAAGGAAGUUAAUUAGCUCCUUCAAGCCUGCCUUUCCUGAGCACUAAGAUGGUGGAAGUAAGGCCUCCUUAAAGCAUGGAAGGGAGGUUGUGUGCCAAGCGCCUGGCCCAGCGGCUAGCUCAGAGCAGGCGCUUAGUAACGAUUCGCAGCCUUUCCCCCUAAACGCUGACUCCCCUGCCUGGCACUGGGAUGCUCUCACGGCCUCGGGCAUCCUCUCCAUUCUCUCCUUCCCAAAUCACUGAUGAGGCGGAACAGAAGGAGACGAGGGCUAAGGAUUGGUCAGUUUUGUUCUCUGGAGAAGGAAUUUCCUUUGUCAGGGUAAGAGGAGGGUUGCACAGGUGCCCCCAGCCUUCACCUCGUCCUCUCCCAGGUUGGCCCCUGUGCCCCUCACUCCCAUCUCACUCCUUGGGCUGCUGCACGUUGUGUGUGGAAUCUUCCAGCCCCAAAGUCCACUGGCACCAUUCUGGAGCGUGGGCAGGAUCCCAGAGGAGGAGAGGAUGGAGUGCCUGGCCUCGCGGAGCUUAGUAACUGAUUGGGGUAAAUGAACGAUAGCAUGAGAGCCAGAAAUUUAAAACUGCCAGGCUGGAGGGGUUUGAGAAGUUAGAAGCAAGUGUGAAGGGCGGCGUUUGGCCCCGGAUUUGGACUGGAGAGGGGGGAAAGUACCAUGGAAGCAGACAAUCGUAUCCUGCACAGAGUCGCUCCUUCCCCUCCUCCCCCUGCUCCAUCCUGCUCCAAAGGUUCUGGGCUUAUAGGAGCCCGUGAAACCCCAGCCCAGAGUACUCACGACUUGAAAGAAGUGGCCAGAGUCAGCUGCUUCCCUGUACCACUGUCCUCCCCUGUCCUAGCCAUCUGUACCUGCUCCAGGCUCCAGAAGAGUGGUCGGCCAUAUACCUUCAAUUUUUUGUUGUGUGAGCAGGUUGGCCUACUACAUGAUAAACAGAUGUCCUAGAAUAAACAAAUGGAAUUUAAUAUUAUUGUCAAAUAAAACUUGAUUACUCCUGUA